GCAGUGAAAUACUUCAAACAAAUUAGCUAACUUUUAGCGACAUAUUUAGCGAUAUUGUGUCCAUAGCUUAUUUUUGGAAGCUUAAUAAUUCGUGAAACUCGUCCUGCAAACGCCACAUGUCUAUUCUGACAUUGAAUAUACGCGCUAAUUAACUUUUCCACGUAAGUUUACGCUAAUUAACCAACUUACUUACAAUUAGCAUAACGUUAACUUAGCUGUUUACCAACGUUUAACAUUAGCUACACGAGUGGCUCGGUGCUUCUGUACCAUGUCGGAGGAGCCAGAGACGGGAGAAAAAUCCCGGUUUGAUCCGUGUGUGAACACCCACAGACCGACAUCAGGAAAGUCACAGGACAUUUCUCAUGUGUUAGCGAGCAUUUUCAAACACCUUUACACAAGAGACGUCAUCGGGAAAGACACUUCGUCCAACUUCUUCAAGACAAAGAAUGGACGAAGCAGCUACCAUGACAGAUAUGUUGAGGAGCUUCAACAGUCGAAUUAGCCUUUUCCUGGUGUGAAGACAACGACCUUCUCCAAAUGAACAACCUGAUUUCCCCUCAGGACUACCUACCUACACAAAAACCACGUGUGAAAGCACCAGCAGCGAUAAAAUUGAAUCCUGGCAGACCCACCAUCGCCUACGCUAUGCACGUGUCCAGGGAGCCUCAGGAUGAUGGUUAUGGUCUAAUGCCCAGCCCUGAAAAGAUAAUCCCCGAAAUGAAUGAGUCAGAUCGCAGCCUGACGUUUGAAUCCAGCUCAGAUACCCCAAAGAGGAAGAAAACCCCCAAGGAGACGCGGAACCAGACCAAACCCAGACCAAAGUGGAAGGAUGAGCCGAGCGCAAAGGAUCGGGCAGAGGGAUGGGAACAACUUCAGAGGCUUAAAGAUCGACACAGCUUCCUACGCAAUCCUCGCUUCCUUUCUCCAAGUGCGCAGCAGGGUGGCACAUCCCUCAUCCGGCCCAGAGCCAAAGCGGGGAAGACAGGGCAUGUGAGGAGAGGGAUGGAGGAGCGCAGCUUCACUGAUGAUGUGGUCCCAGUCUUCCUUGCAAAACCCCCAGUGGUGGUUUUCACUGACUACAGUGUGGGAUAUGUUUAUGAGACGACACUGGAGCUGAAAAAUUUGACUUCUGCAAGCCGCACUGUUCGGGUCAUCCCUCCUACCACUCCUUACUUCUCUAUUGGCCUGGGGAGGUUUCCUGGUGAGGGCGGCGUUGUCGCCCCAGGGAUGAGCUGUAAGUACUCAGUGCGCUUUGCUCCAGACUCCCUGGGGGACUAUGAGGACUUCAUAGUGGUAGAGGCCCAGGCUGAACACCUGCUUGUGGUACGCAUCGCAGCCAGACGACCCCCUCCAAUACUCACAUUACCAAGAGUUCUGGACUGUGGUUUCUGUCUGAUUGGAGGGGUAAAGUUUGUGGAGUUCCUGUGCCAAAAUGUCGGCCUCAGCACCGGGACCUUCUGCAUCAUCCCUAAGAACCAGUGGCCAGCCUCGAACCUCAGGUCUGUGGCAAGAACUUUCUUCUCUGAGCAGCCGCCCUUUGCAGUCAGCCCGUCUCUUUUUGUGCUGCAGCCAGGAGAGGCCACUGUGGUGGAGGUGGUUUUCUUCCCCACCACUGCGGAGAAGAGCUGUCAGGUGUUCACUGUGGUGUGUGACAACUGCCAGGUGAAAGACAUUUCCAUAGAAGGUGAGGGCCAGCUGAUAGCACUUGAGCUUGUGUCUGUAUCAGGGAAGAAAGAGCCUCCAGUGGUGGGAGAGGUUCACGACCUCACUGCAGAGCACUUUGUGCGUUUCAGCCCGUGUAACCCUCACUCUGUGCGGCGGAAAAAAGUCAUCAUUAGGAACAAUGUCCACUUGGAGCUGCCUUUCCACUGGCAGAUCAUGGAGCCAAACUUGCACCCUCUGCUUCCAGGGGAAACCCCCGAACCCUCCUAUAUCCAGUCCCACCUGGCCACAGACGAUGUUUUCCAAGUCAGCCCUUUAACAGGUGUUCUUCCACCCUGUGAAGAACAGGAAUUUCUGUUCACCUUCUGUCCCAAAGAGUUGAAGGAUUACCACAGUGUCUGUCACUUAGUCCUGAGGGACGUCCCCGAGCUGCCACCCGAGCCUAGUGACAGCAGUGUCCUUCAGCCUGUGCGCACUGGCUCCAAAGUAAGCGAUGUCACUGUAAUGGGGAUAGAGGUCAAGGGGUCAACAGAGCCGUACCAGGUCCUACUGGAGCCCUACACUGUUGUGAUCCCUGGAGAGAUUUUUAUUUGCACAACCACACGCAGGCGAUUCAAGAUGUGGAACCACAGCAGAACCUGCAUCUUCUUUCACUGGGAGAGAAUGAGCAGCAGCAGCCACAUCAUAGAAGUAGAGCCCUCUGCUGGUACAAUAGAGGAGAACGAGUGCUUUGACUUCAACCUGAUUUUGAAUGGAGGGAAACCAGAGAGAGUUGUGACCAGCCUGGUCUGCCACAUAGAGCACCACCAUGAGCCCGUCACUUUGCCCCUGGAAGUCUCUUUUAAGGGUCCCACAGUGACCCUCAGUGUGCCCAUUUUGGAGUUUGGGCUCGUUAGACUCAGGGAACAGACACAGACCACGCUGCACCUCACUAACAUCACCCAGCUGGAGGCCUGCUGGACACUGAUGGAGAGGCAUAAUAGUCAGCAGGACUCUCAGAUCUCAGUGGAGCCAUGCAGAGGUGUGUUGCCUCCUUUGGCCUCAUGCACUGUGGAUGUGAUAUUUACUCCCCGUUUCUGCCAGCGAUAUGAAACAGAGCUGGAGUUGACAGUGGAGAAUGGAACAGGAUGUCACUUGUCAGUGCGAGCAGAUGUGCAGUCUCCUCAGGUGUGCCUGCUGAACUGUGAGCUGCUCCUCUCUGAUCUCUUUGUUGGAGUUCCUGCCAAGGCAGCCAUCACUCUCUUCAACAAGACCCCCCUGCCUUCACACUUCAGCUGGAUGGCUCAGCUCCAGGGUAAACAGGCUGAACUGUGUACAGCCAGUUUUGACCCCUCAUCUGGCACUCUGGGACCUCAUGCCAAGUUGGAGAUCGCAGUUAGCUUUAUUGCUCACACAGACCUGGAGCUGACUGAGGUGGCUGCUCUCUGUGAGGUCCAGGGGAUGAACUCUCCUCUCGUUGUUAGCAUCAUGACUUCUAGAACCAAGACGCUCAGUGUGUCCUACUCACUGCCCAGUGUCUGCUCUACCACGGACGGUGAGACCACCUCAACACCGUUACUUGACUUUGGAGAUGACGUCAUUUUGAAGAGAGCUGUCACUAAGCAGUUACUGAUAACCAAUCAAACAGCUAUCCCUGCUCCUUUCACCAUAGAGGUGGAGUAUUUCACCUGUUGUGCCUCAAAGCCAAAUAACCAGUCAGAGAAAAGAUUCACAUACGUCAGGAAGCCACUUCUCUUGGUUCAAGCAAAGAAAGUAGAAGAAAAAGCACAUGAAGAGUUUGUGAGCAGCCUGCUGGCUCAUGGAAAAGGUGCAGCUUUCUUUGUCCUGCCAGAUUCUGGGACGCUGGGACCUUUUGAGACCCAGACUGUGGAUGUCACUGCCUACACUGACAUGUGGGGGGAAUACAGAGAUCACCUCAUAUGCAAAGUUGGAGACCUUGAGCCCACGCUCAUUCCCAUGCAGAUGACAGUGACAGGCUGCCCACUCUACUUCCAAAUGAUAGGCCCACGUCCAGAUGACCAGAACCAGGGACCAGUCAUACGGUUUGGCGCUCAUGUAUCUGGAGGUGAUACAGUGUCUCAUUCUGUUCGCAUCAACAACCCCACCAUGUUUGAUAUUCGCCUGGACUGGGAAACGUAUAACAUAGAUCCCAAUGACGGUAAACUGGUGGAUGUUGUGGUGGCGUAUGGAGACACCUUUCCAGUUAAAGAUGCUGAUGGUGAUGAAAUAUUGAGCGGAGCGUUAAGGAUUUCUGGUGGGAACCUUCAAACAGCCUGGGAAAGAAAUGAGACCCCGAGCUCUGAGGGAACGAGCGACUCCCUCCGAAGUGUGACUAAUGGGGACAAGGAGGAAUAUGUGUGUGAGGAUGACUGUGAGGAAGAGGAACGCUGUCUUUAUCCCUUUCCUUCAAAGAAAAAACUCAUUUCUGUCCACAUUACACCUCAUGCGGGCAACCUCUCGGAUUACCCAUACUGCAUCACACCCCAGCAAAUAGUAAUUCCAGCAAAGAGCAGCAGCACCAUCCAUGUUUCUUUCACCCCUUUGACCCUAUCUGAGUCAGCUUGUGAGUCCAGAUGUGUGGGCCUGGCUCGGGGCUUCAUGAGUCUAGACUCCGAGAUGGCUGCCUGUGUCCCGGGUAAAGUUGGAAGAGCUCAGGGUUUGGAUUUGGAGCCUGUCAGGAUGGAUCUACUCGCAGUCGUUAAGCCUGCAGUGCUGUUAGUGCAGAUGGAGGAGGACGAGGGGGUGCUGGAGUUUCAUGCCUCCGCCGGUGAUUUACUGAGGGCAGAAUCACAGAAGCUCAGAGUUCAUGAAUUUGACAUCGCACGGUCCCUUCAGCUGAGGAACAACUUAGAAAUGCCCCUAUACUUCAGACUGGGGACUCAGACUCCAUUUUUAGUGCUCAAGCCGCAGCCUCGAGCCCGAACCAGCAUCUCCAGCAACCCGCCUACUGGUGACGGCCAGCCUCUGGUGCUGCAACCACAACACAGCGUGCAGGUGAAGGUGGCCUUCCGCUGCUCUCUGUCUCUUCUGGACCAUGCAGACCAGGCAGACGAAGACAUCCCUUCUGGGGUGACGCUGAUUCAUGGUACAAAAGGGGAAAGGAAGCUGAGGUUCCAGCAAAACCUGCUAAUUCACUACAGCAACAACACCCUGCAGACGGUGCCACUCUGCGCUCAUUUGGCUCUUCCUACAAUGAAUCUAUCCAAAGACAGCAUCAGCUUUGGGUUCUGUUAUGUGGGACAGACACAGAUAAGAGAAGUGAACCUCUACAGCCAUGGAGCCCACACAUACUGGAAAUCAGUUACAGAGUCAGAUAAAGGAGACUCCCAUGUGUUCAGAGUGACACCAGAUUUCGGGCUCCUCAAAUUGAGGGAGCUCCACGUCAGCAGCUACAGUCAGUGUCUCCAGAUCAGCUUCACUCCCAGUGAGGACAGAGAGUUCAGGGCCACUGUGGUGAUCCGGUCUCCUCUGGUGAAGAUCCGCGUCACUCUGCAGCUCCAGGGAACAGGAUCCUUUGAUGAAGGGUACAGGUCCAACUAACUAUCCUUAUAACAUCACAGUCACACAGUGAACACCUGCUGUUUCACCUGCUCUCUUUAAAUCAAUUGUGUUCAAGUCCUUUUAUAAGAAUGUAAAUAAAUAUGAACAACUUGUCAGGUCUCUGUAAUUUUAUUACAUGUAACAACUUGCUUUUAAUAACCAAAAAAAUAUGAGACUGUUUUUCUAUGAAGAUAGUUAAUAAUG